UUCACAGAGCAAGACUCUCCAUAUCAUGAUAUGGAGUGGUUCUUCUUCAGCCGAAGGGAUUAUAAGUACAUUAACAGCAAUCGCUCCAACAGGGCCACACCGCAUGGCUCCUGGAAAAUCACUGGCAAGGAACGUAUGAUCAGGGCUCGAGGGUCCAACGCUGUCAUUGGGAGGAAGAGGACCAUGACCUUCUAUGAACGUUGUGUGCCGAAAUCGAAGAAGACCAACUGGGUCAUGCACGAAUAUAGUCUCUUUGAAAGUGAAGCCAGUCCUGAUCCUCAGCUGGCCGAGAGGGAUUUUGUUGUCUGUCGAUUGAAAAAAAACCCUGAUAAGAAGGAUACUUUAGUCUUUGCUGAAGGUGAACCUAGCAGCUACAAUUUGUGUAAUUGUGAAGAUCAAGCUGCAGCUGAUGUGACUCCAGAGUCACAGGAUCACAGCCCCUCCACACUGCAAUCACCAGCAUGGAUAGAGCUGGGAGAUGUUCUGCAAGCUAAUGGCCUUAAUGAAGAUUGUAAUGAUAUGCAAUCACCAUUUGGAGAUAAUGACUACUCAGUUACCGAUAAGAAUGAUAUUUCAACCUGUGAUGAAGGUGAACCCCAUGGCUUCACCGUUACUAAUAUCGAAAAUGAAGUCGCAUAUGAUAUGUCUCAAGAGCUAUAUGCGCAGCAAGAAAAAAACAGCUAUAUGCUCACGCCUCAGUCACCAACAUUCAGGAAUCUAGAAGAUUUUAUGUAUAUUGAUGCCUCUGAUUUUGGAAAUCAAACUGCAAAUAAUAUGGUUCUUGAGGUGAGCCCAAACAUAUAUACUUCUUGGCAUUUAUGA